GAUGACGCGAGUGAGGACCAGGUGUUGCUGUCUGUAGAAUGAAUCUGCCGACCUCCCAUUCCAAGCGAAAAUUAAAAAGGUCUAUAGGGCCCUGCGUAAAUGGAUAAGGACUCAGCUCGCCGACGCCGCACACCUGCCGCCAUCCAAACCCACUCCACCUCCCUUUUUACCUUUUUUUCAACCUUUUGCUCUGUACUCGAUCCAAAACACGGGUUCAGGCCUUUUAAAUCGUACAUUUGUCUCUAUUUUUGUUUAACACUUUUCGUUGAAGUUGAAUAUCCAAAUAUAAUAUUUAUUUUUGCAAUCUGAUUAGCUAUAAGGAAUUUAUUUUGAUAUUUUAUCGCAAAUAAAUUGUUCAACAGAAAAAUUUAACAAUGAAAAAGACACUUGUUUUACCUAGUUUUACGUAGUAAAUAAUUAAUAACUUGAACGUUUUUCCUACUUAAAAAAUUCGAUAUGCAAACUACAAGAUAUGUCAAUUCAAUCCAUUGAGGAUUGAAUCAACACAUUCCCUCCAAGCCAUUUAAAUUUCGCCGCUCAAGCAACCGAAAUAGGUCUCAUUGAUUUAUUUUCAUUUGCGCACGGUAGUUUGUAAUACAUCCACCCUCCAUGGGAUUUUACACAGUCGUGGUCGACGUAACCAUUAGAAUGUUAGACUUAGCACUGAAAAUAAUAGAACAAAUCUAAAAAAAUAUUUUUUCUCUAACUGUCACUAAAAUAUAUGAUUUUUUUACUUUAUCAAGUGAUCUCAGUUUUACUGUUGAAGUUGUUAGUACUAUACACAGGAGAGAGAUGUGAUGGGUGGCAGCUGCAGUGAAAUUCAUUUCUCUAUAGUGAACUAUUUAUUUAGUACUUUCUACUCUCUCACUAAUUUGAAAAGUAUUGUCGAAAAUACGAAAUGGAAAAUGAAGACAGUAUUAAAUUUGACGAGCAUCGCCAGAGGAGUACAUCUCAACCGAGUAUCUAUCGUUCAAUCCAGAGUAAUCUUCACAAUGGGUCACAGCAGACCCUCUACCACAGCAUCCGUAACACAAUGUACGAGGAUGCGAUAAGCCUGGAGACCCUGAGUGCAGAUGAUCUAGAUGAGACAUCUACAUUGAGAGGGACGGAGGAGACCUUCAUCGAAGGAAGUUGUGGAGAUCUAGCACAUUCCGAAAGUGGAAGUUUAUUCUUCAAGGAUGGAAUUCGUUCGAUUGAUUUUGUUAUCGUCUGGGAUGAGCAUGACGGACAGGCCUCGGCAUAUCGUAGUAGCGAGUAUCGCAAGAUCUUCGAAAAGAAUCUCGAACUUGAGGGUCUCCAUUUGGAGCAUGAACACCCGGAGCCCAGUGGUUUGCGCUUUACUAAAAUCCAUGCACCCCACCAAGUCCUACGUCGUUAUGCCGAAAUUCUCAAGCUCCGUCUGCCCAUGAAGGAAUUUCCAGUACCCGCCUCAAGCACUCAACGUGCCAAUACUCUAAUACGAGAAGUAAAUACGUACAUUGAAAUGUUCUUCUCGCGUUUCUACGUAGACCAGACUAUUUUUCCAACUAUGAAGCAUCGAUUCACGGCUGUUUACAGCCGUGACAAGGAGUACUUGUUUGAUAUCGAUGGACCUGAUUUUUUCUCACCGGCUACACACUCGAGGAUUGUGCAAUUUAUUUUAGAUAGGACGGAAUUUUCCGAAAUUAAGGAAGAAGAUUUGACCUUUGGAAUUGAUAGACUCAUCUCCGAGCAUGCUUACGUGGCAGCUUAUCCACUGCAUGAUGGAAACUUGCGCAACCCUGACUCAAUGAGAUGCCUCCUGUAUACCCACUGGGCGAGUUUCCGAAGAUUCCUCCACUACCAGCCCUUGGACUACAUAAAAGAGUACUUCGGCGUAAAGAUCGGUCUCUAUUUCGCCUGGUUGGGCUUCUACACGCACAUGCUGGUGCCAGCAAGUGUGGUUGGCCUCCUGUCUUUUGUCUACGGCUGUAUCAGCUUAUCUUCGAACCAGCCAAGCGAGGACAUUUGCCACAGCAAUAGUUCCAUCGACAUGUGCCCUCUUUGCGACAGAAUCUGUGGUUAUUGGGACCUACGGGAGACGUGUCUCCACGGUAGACUGACGUAUCUCUUUGACAAUCCCUCGACAGUGUUUUUCGCCAUCUUCAUGUCCCUCUGGGCGACCCUCUUCCUCGAACUGUGGAAGAAAUACUCAGCGGAGAUCACCCACAGGUGGGAUCUGACGGGUCUUGAUACCCAGGAGGAACACCCGAGGCCCCAAUACCUCGCCAAACUCUCUCAUGUUAAAAAAAAAUCGAUGAAUGUAAUAACAAAUACUGUGGAGCCGACUGUUCCUUUCUGGAGUAUGAGACUGCCAGCAGCGAUCCUAUCAUUCUCAAUUGUUUUAUUGCUGAUAGCUGUUGCCAUGGCAGCAGUCAUUGGCGUCAUUUUGUACAGAAUGUCGAUUUUAACGACACUGAGUGUCUACGGCCAGUCAGCAAUAACGAGUAAUGCAAUACUCUUCACCACCGCUACCGCAGCCUGUCUCAAUCUCUUGUGCAUCGUUCUCUUCAAUUGGCUGUACACGUGGCUGGCAGAGUACCUCACUGAGAUAGAACUUCUGAGAACUCAGACUGAGUUCGAUAAUAGUUUGACGCUCAAGAUUUAUCUACUGCAGUUCGUAAAUUAUUAUGCUUCGAUAUUUUAUAUUGCCUUUUUUAAAGGGAAAUUCGUGGGACAUCCCAGCACUUAUAAUAGAUUAUUCAGAUACAGACAAGAGGAAUGUGGCCCCGGUGGUUGCCUCACCGAGCUAUGCAUCCAACUGAGCAUCAUAAUGAUUGGAAAACAGGUGAUGAAUUCCUUUUUGGAGAUGAUGUUUCCUCUCUUUUACAAGUGGCUGAACACAUGGAAGGUUCACGUCAAGGCUGAUGACUCUGCCAAAAAUGAGGAGACCAGUUUGCGGAAGAUUCCUCCAUGGGUUAGGGACUACAAACUUGUGGAGUGGGGCCCUAGGAGUCUAUUUCCAGAGUAUCUGGAGAUGGUACUACAAUAUGGGUUUGUCACAAUAUUCGUGGCCGCUUUUCCUCUGGCCCCUUUCUUCGCUCUCUUAAAUAACGUCUUCGAAAUGCGGCUGGACGCCAAGAAAUUGCUAACAAUGUAUAGGCGGCCCGUUGGACAGAGAGUCAGGGACAUUGGCAUUUGGUAUAGAAUAUUAGACUCUGUCGCUAAACUAUCGGUCAUCACCAAUGGAUUCAUCAUUGCCUUCACUUCCAACUUUAUCCCGAAGAUUGUCUAUCAGAUGAGUGUCUCGAAAAAUGGAUCUUUGGAUGGAUUCUUGGAGUACUCACUAUCCACCUUCAAUACUUCGGAUUUUGAAGAGGGGGCGAGACCACAGGACGUCGAGGGAAGGGUUGUAGAGGUCUGUAGAUAUCCAGAUUUCAGGGUGGAACCUGGGAAGGAGGGAGAGUACGAGGUUGUCAGCAUUUACUGGAGGAUUCUGGCAGCGAGGCUGGGAUUCAUCGUUGUGUUUGAGAAUACUGUGGCUUUGGUGAUGAUUUUAGUCCGGUGGUGCAUACCAGAUAUGAGACCAGAGCUUCGUGAUAGAAUAAGACGUGAGGCAUACAUCACAAAUGAAAUAAUAAUCCAACGGGAGGCUUUAAGGGCCUGCCAGAGGGAGGUUGAGGAGCCAGAGUCUCUUCAAAUGCACACUUAUAUUAACGAAAAUGCUAACAGACUCAAUCGAGUAUUGAGAGAUUCACUGUCAAUGUCUGAGUUUGAUCUGGAGGUACAUGGAUCUCCGGGCACCCCUAGACGACCUUCACAAAACGCUCCCACGGUUCUAUGAUUUUUAUUUGUGCAUUAUCUCUAUUUUCAGUGUUAAAAAUUUAUUUCAACCUCCGGUUCGAUGUAUUUAUUUUCAGUGUGAGUCAUAUCUCGGGUCAAUGAUAUUUCGAUAUCUAGUGAUAUUUACGGAUAAUUAUGUUGGGCGUUGUGACCGCUCGUUAGUCAGAAGAAUUUAUAUUUUAUGGUGUUCAAAGUACUUAUUCGCAGAAAGAUUUAUAUAUUAUACACAAACCAUAAAUAAUUAUUGAUGAUAAUACGUAUACAAACGAAUUUUGAAACUACCUCUACAAAAUGAUCUGAAUAUAUUUUUAAUGUACGGCGAUUUAUAUGUAUUGUGGAAUAAAGACUUAUUUAUGGGUACUUUCAAAU